AUGUCAGAUUUUAUUCGGAUUAUUCGAAUAAAAAAUGCAAAUGGUGACGAGAAAUUACUCGAAAUUCCAGCUAAACUUGAUUUGGAAAGGCCAAAAAGACCGAGAACUGUAUUUACAGAUCAACAAUUGCAAGUAAGUUUUUAUCUUGAUUCUUAUUCUUGGAAGAAAUGAUUUUUAGGCGCAGGCUUUCAGACUGCGCCUAUUUGGGCUUGGGAUAGUUUUUCGAAAUUUUUGUUCGGGUUUCAUUCAACUUGGUCUCAUCUAAUUCACGCUUUCCAAAUGUAUAACUCGAGAAAAAAAUAAAAUUUAGGUGCUUGAAAAAACUUUCAACGAAUCUGGUUAUUUGAAUGGUUCAUCUCGUUUGGAAUUAGCAAACAAAUUAGGUUUGAGUGAUAAUCAAAUCAAAGUUUGGUUUCAAAAUCGAAGAACAAAAGAAAAACGAAAAGAUGCAACUACAACCACAAAGUAACUGAUGAAAAAUGAUAGAUUUUAUUCUGAAAUAGUAUUUUUGCAGUGAUUCGAAUCCGAAUAUGCAUCAUUUAUUCAAUGCUUAUCUUAUGAAUUAUUGGAACAAUUCAACAAAUGGAAUCAAUCAACAUAAUCAAUGA